CGAGGAGAAGGCCAUUAGGGAAGUGGUGGAUAAUGUGCUGUGGCAGAUGGCGGCAGACAGGAAGUCCACGGCGCUCAAACAGCUGCAGGGUCACAUGUGGAGGGCGGCGUACGCUUCUGGGAGAAUCAAAGGCGAGGUCUAUCAGGACGUAAUUCCAGCCAUCAAAAGAUGGAGAGGACAGGGACUAAAAGUGUACAUUUACUCCUCUGGAAGUGUGGAGGCACAGAAACUUCUGUUUGGAUACUCUGUGGAGGGAGACGUUUUAGAUUUAUUAGACGGUCACUUCGACACUAAUAUAGGAGCGAAAGUGGAGAGCAAAAGCUACGAGAGGAUUGCAGAGAGGAUCGGCUGUCAACCAGAGGAGAUCACAUUCUUGACCGACGUCACUCGAGAGGCUAAAGCUGCGGAGGAAGCGGGCGUGAACGUGGUGGUGGUGGUGCGGCCCGGAAACAUGGAGCUGACGGACGACGAGAGGGCCCACUAUAACCUCGUCAAGUCCUUUAGUCAACUUGAACUGACGGGACGCGCUUAACGCAGAGCGCGGAGGACGACGGGGAGAACUUCUGAUUUCAUAACGACCUCUUCUCCUCUUUGCCCCCCCUCCUUCUCCUCCCUCCUUUUUGCAACUCUUAAUGUUUUUUUUGUUCCACGUUGACAGCUGAAGAGUUGUAGGAGAAGCGGUAAGAAGUCAGUGUAUCAGGACGCCUUUCUCACGUUUGGAAACAGAUCUUCGGAGCGUCGCUCUCACUGGACCGUUCGAUCGAGCGGGAACAGAAAAGCGGCAGAUAAGAAAGGAAACUGCACACCUGUGAAGUUACUUUUCACCUUUUAGAUGAACCGCAUCCGGUCGCCGAAAACUCCAAAAACUUUCAAACUGUAUGUGUCGUAUUUGUAAACACGUUCCAUCCAUUUUCUCCCGCCACACACACACACACACACACACACACACACACACAC